AUGGUUGACGAACAUGUAAUCGGAAACCAAAUCGCAUGCAUCCAGACAACAUCCAGUAACUACGACUACAAAAAAUCUGCAAACGGUUUAAAUCGAUUUGUACACGCCUCGAGUAAGCAAAGGCUUGAGUUAUUCGAUCCCUCCAUGUUGGGUUUAAAAAGUCCCCCGAUUAGCCACAGUAUGUUCGGCACUUUCAAUCCUGAAACACCAAUAAUAAAACUAAAGCAGAAACGACAGAGGACACAAAAGAAUCAUGUUGAAAUCGAAUCUACUUGUCCUGAAAGCAUCGAUAAGGCCGAACAGACCGAGAAAACCGCAACGAUUUUGGAAAAAGUAAAAAGCCAAAUCAUGAGACACUUCAAAGACAACAGAACGAAACCUAUAAAAUACUUCCAAAUCGUUUUAGAUCCUGAAGAUUUUGGGAAAACCAUUGACAAUAUUUUCCAAGUGUCAUUUCUGGUUCGAAGUAGAACUGUGGAGAUCUUUGAAGAAAAUGAAGAUUUGUGGUUGAGGCCCGUGAAAAAGUCCGAGACUGAUGAACAGAACUUGGGCGAUAAACAGCAAGUCAUUAUGAGCAUGGAUAGUCGAGAUUUUACACAAGUGCCAUUUGUUAAAUUAAAAUUAAAAAAUGUAACUUUUAAGGACACCUAG